CAUUCUUGCAAAAGAACUUACCUCAGCAUCGGGUGUAGCAACUAUCAACGGUUGCUGCUUCAAGAUGUGGGGCUAGUUGCGGUGACAUCAGCACGAUCCGAUCCGAGGUCGGAUAGGUCCCUCCAUAGCCGCCAAAAGCUACCAUGGAGCUCAUAAGGAAGACCUGUAGUUCUCAAGACCUCAUCAUCCAACAAUCAUCAUGCCGUUCCUUACUAUCAGCAGUAAGAAGGUUCACUACGCAGACCUGAAACCCGAAGGCAAAGAUGUGCUGGAGACAUUCAUCUUCAUGCACGGCCUUGGGUCGUCGCAGAACUACUACCACGCAGUCGCGGAACGAUUGCGAGCGAAUGGCUUUCGAUGCAUAAUCUUCGACAACACCGGCGCCGGCAGAUCCCCGUAUACUGGUGAACAAGCGAGUGUCGCGAGCCUUGGUGACGAUAUUAUUGGCAUUCUGGAUGCCCUCAACGUGCCGAAAGCAGUUGUCGUCGGCCACAGUAUGGGAGGCAUCGUAGCUGCCCAUCUCGCUGCUGAACGUAGCGAUCGGAUCGUUGCUGCUGUUCUGAUCGGCCCUGUAUACCCGAACGAAGGUGUUAUACCCGUGUUUGAAAAGCGCAUCGAAGUGGUUCAGAAAGACGGCAUGCAGCCUAUGGCAGACACAGUUCCGCAGGCUGCAGUCGGGUCCAAGGCUUCCCCUCUGGCAUCGGCAUUCAUCCGAGAACUCCUCCUCGGCCAGGAUCCUGUUGGCUACUGUUCGAAUUGUCGAGUCAUUAUCAACGCCAAACCGCCGAAUUACGGCAAUAUCAAGAUCCCCGUUCUGAUAUUGGCUGGCGAGGAAGAUAAGAGCGCGCCUCUUGAAGGCUGCAAGAAAAUGUUCGAGGAGAUGGGAACUAGCGAGAAGAAGCUCGAGGUCAUGAAAGGUAUUGGACACUGGCAUUGCCUCGAGGCCUUCGAGGAUGUCGCCCAGCUCAUUGAGGGGUUCUAUCACGAGAUCCAGUGAGUUGUGUAACUAGCCUCUCAAGUUUCAGAAAAAACGGCAGAUAAGCGACCUUUGCCUGACAAACUUUUACACUGAACGUGUAGCUAUCAUGAUAAGUUUUUGUGUAUUUUCUCUACUUAAAUGUCGCGUAGUAGAACAUCUGGCUCCAAGGUAAGAGCCACCGCAAGAUUCCGUUCAAGCUGAGAGCAAGACGUGCAACAAUUUCGGUACACUCAAUAACAUACUCAUGCUGUUGAGAGACCUGAGAGUCGACAUGGUUUGUGUGAUCUUAAGGCGCGGCCUAAGAAAGCUCGUUGCUUCGUGGAGAAGAAACAGCACACG